AUGAAGCUCCUGGUGCUAUUCUUUCUGGCUCUAAUUGCUUAUUCUGCUGCCAAAGUAAUGCCCAUGGCAAACAGCAACAGUCUGAGCAUUGAUCAGCAUGGCAAAAGGGUUUACGCGGACCAAGCCGAGGAUAAAUGCGACUAUUAUUGUGGUGAAAAAGACCCUUCCGUUUGUGCCACCAAUGGGCAAUGCCUUCUGAAGUUUGAGAGCCGUUGCGCCAUGGCCGCUUACAACUGCCGCAAUCCCCAGAAAAUGUUCCAGACCGUGGACGACCAUCGAUGCGUGCAAGAUUGGGAGCCCCUUUGCCUGGAGUCAGAUCUCAGGGAGUUUGGCUUGUAA